AAAAACGUGCAUCGAGGUGGAGUUGCCGGGUCCGUAUUAGUUUGUUCUGCAGGAGCCGUGAUUAUUGCAUCCCGCAUUCAGGAAUAUCUGGGAAUUUCCGGGAAUCCCAGCGCCGCUAUAAAGCCGAGCGCCGGGACUUUUCCGCAUUUCAGUUUAGGCACUCCGCUGAAGGAUGGCUGCCAUCAAAGCGCUGCAGCAGUGGUGCAAGCUUCAAUGCGACGGCUACCGAGAUGUCAACAUCACCAACAUGACAACUUCGUUUAGGGAUGGACUGGCGUUUUGUGCCCUGAUCCACAAGCACAGACCGGAUCUCAUAAAUUACGACUCCCUGCGUAAGGAAAACGUGUAUGACAACAAUCAUUUGGCUUUCUGCGUGGCGGAGGAGCAGCUGGGGAUCCCAGCGUUGCUGGACGCUGAGGACAUGGUGGCUUUGAGGAUCCCCGAUCGUCUCAGCAUCCUCACUUACGUCUCGCAGUAUUACAACUACUUCCAUGGCCGGUCGCCCAUAGGGGGCAUGGGUGGCAUUAAAAGGGCCGCGGAGGGAUCCAAGGAGGAGCCGUCGGGAAAGAAGAAUCAGCCAGUGGUGGCCAAACCCUUCGCCUCUGUGUCCGCCACAGAGAACCAGCCACCCUCCGCUCCGGAAACCUCUGUUAGGAAACCUCAGAAACCCUCACCAAAGCUUCCCCGAGUGCCCGACCAGAAAAAGGUUCUGGUCGAGACGUCCAAUAAAACUGGCACUCUAAGCAGUACCUGUGUGGUUUGUAAAAACCAUGUCCACUUGGUCCAGCGCCACCUAGUGGAUGGAAAGCUCUACCACAGGAGCUGCUUCAAGUGCGCCGAAUGCUCCAACAUCCUCCUUUCUGGGACGUACAAGGUUGGGCCCAAACCCGGCACCUUCGUCUGCACGACUCACCAGGGCGCCAAGAGUGGUCAGAAGACUCUGCCCUCCCUUGGGGUGGCUCUGCACAGACAUGACCCCAAAGCAGACACCAGCAUCAGCUCCUCAGGGCUCAAAAAUGUGAGCAGUCACCCUCCGCGGUCCACCUCGACUGUUCCCGGGGGGCCCGCAAACAUGGUCCCAGCCGGAUCUCCCUGGACCCCCUCGGCUGCUAAGACUCAGGCGGCCCGUCAGCGCUUCUUCCAGGCCGGCCCGGACCCCCAGCCGGUCUCCCGUGUACCGGCAGCCUCCGACGAGAAAGACAGAGCCAGGGCGUUAGUGGCGAGCAAGCUCACCGAGCUGAACCACAAUAACAACAACAUGGCGCCCAAAGCUGGGCUCUGGAAGGCUGACGGCCGCCUCGGGAGCGAACCUGCCCCAGUUAGUGCCCCCGGUGGGCAGGGAGGCAAGAGCAGCGGUGGUGUGAGACUGGCGGAGACAAAGACUGGUGGUAAGGAGCAUCAGGGCUCCCCCUAUGCGUCCAAAGGGUCCGAUGGGUCGACAUGUCCUUCAGGCUGGAGAGCAAACCUGAAACCUUUGUCUGGCAGACCAGAAACGAAACCUGCAGCUUUUAUCAAAUUCGGCUCCCCACCCCCCAAGAAGAUAAUGGGGGGACCCAGUGACACCGCCAGCGGCCGCCACACUCAGCCUGUGGCGACGUCCCCAAAGGCCUUUGAGGCCCAUGCGAGCCCAGGUUUGAAUGCUGUUAAAGGCUCACCUUCCCCACACAGCCCUAAGCCUGAAAUGGAGUCACCCAAGGACCAGUCGUCAUGCAUCCCGAAGGAGGAGAUCCAGCGGGAGCUGAAGGCGCUGGAGGACGGUCUGAGUGAGCUGGAGAGGCAGGGCGUGGAGCUGGAGCAGCGUCUGCGGGGAGCCGAGAAAGAAGGACAGGAGGAUGUUUUUGAUGCUUUGAUGGUGGACUGGUUCGCCCUCAUUAACGAGAAGCAGAGUCUCGUGAGAAGGGAGUCCGAGCUGGUCUACAUUGCGAAGACUCAGGAUUUGGAGGAGCAGCAGCCUGAAGUGGAGGUGCAGCUGCGGAAGCUGAUUGAGACACCGAGUGAUCGGAAGACGGCUGCAGAACACAAGCGGGAGAAAGAGCUUAUGGACAAGCUUCUGGAGAUCGUCAACGACAGGAACGCCAUCAUCGAGGGGCUGGAUGAGGACCGGCUGAGGGAGAAGGAUGAAGAUGAGCAGCUCAGCCAGAUGAUGGAGCAGCUUGGCAAGAAGAAGAUCAAAAAGAAGCGAAAGUCUGUGGUUAAGAGGCUUUUCAAACGGAAGCAGAAAACGAAAGCAGGAAAGGCCUGCUGACAGGAUGCGGCGCUGGUCCGUCGGAGGUGAGCCUCAACAUUGGCGCAGGAAGAGGGAAGAGCGCCCUCUUUGGGUGACGGUCCAGCUCACACCGCGCCUUAGCGGUCCGAGCACUUCCACUGGAUACACCCACGCCGGCGCGGCGGCGGUCCUGUGAUCCGCUGUAAUUGGGCUGUGUGGGGUAAUCUCACUGUCUUAAUGUGUUGCUGUUCCCUGGAUGUGUUGUCAUGGUCUCAUUAUCCUCCACCGUUUUGAAACUAAUUUUGUUCAGUUCACCGUUACUGUUAUUUCUUUUGAAAAUCACGCUGAAAAUGUGGUUUGUGCUUAUUUUCAUACGAAAGUAGUUUUUGGUCUAAAUCUUCCCUGUUCAUUUCAUGUUUUUCUGGGGCUUCUGCUCAGUUUGUCUCCCGUGCUGAUAUUUCAUUCACCAAUCUGUGUGUUUUUACGCAGGUUGAAACCGGCACCUUUUACAAACACCAUUUGGGUUUUGAUUUUGACGGUUUUAAGACCCGUAUUAAAGUUCAGAGGUAUGUUUCUGUGAAAGGCUUUUAAUGAGGAAUAUUUUAAUGCUCCCUCCGCUUUUGUGCUGACACUGUCAUGGGGGGGGCAGUGUGUUAACUGCCCCCCUCUGAGGGACUCCUACACGUUUUGGAGGCUUUUAUCGGAGUAAACAUUUUAAUCUGUGCCCUGUUUCCAUUUGGGUGUUUUUAUGAGAAUUUGCAUAUAGUACAUGAUUGUGAUUAUACUGUAGAUUAAGUUUUGCCCCUCCCAUAAUAAGGAUUGUGCAUAUGUAAUAUAACUGUCUGCUUGAUUUUUACACUAUUCAUUACUGCCUUGGCAUGGGAUUAUUUUAAACAUGAUUUGCUCUCCAAUAAAUGCAUUAAUAAUUAAAAA